ACCACAACAGCUGCCCCAACAACAACCACAACAACCGCCCCCACAACAACAACUACAGCUGCCCCCACCACAACCACAACAGCUGCCCCAACAACAACCACAACAACCGCCCCCACGACAACAACUACAGCUGCCCCAACCACAACCACAACAACCGCCCCCACGACAACAACUACAGCUGCCCCAACCACAACCACAACUACAGCUUCCCCAACCACAACCACAACAGCUGCCCCAACAACAACAACUACAGCUGCCCCAACAACAACCACAACUACAGCUGCCCCAACCACAACCACAACAGCUGCCCCAACAACAACCACCACAGCAGCACCAACAACAACCACAACAACCGCCCCCACGACAACAACUACAGCUGCCAUAACCACAACCACAACAGCUGCCCCAACAACAACCACAACAACCGCCCCCACGACAACAACUACAGCUGCCCCAACAACAACCACAACAACCGCCCCCACGACAACAACUACAGCUGCCCCAACAACAACCACAACAACCGCCCCCACGACAACAACUACAGCUGCCCCAACCACAACCACAACUACAGCUUCCCCAACCACAACCACAACAGCUGCCCCAACAACAACCACAACAACCGUCGCCACGACAACAACUACAGCUGCCCCAACAACAACCACAGCUACAGCUGCCCCAACAACAACCACAACUACAACAACAACCACAACAACCGCCGCCACGACAACAACUACAGCUGCCCCAACAACAACCACCACAGCAGCACCAACAACAACCACAACAACCGCCCCCACGACAACAACUACAGCUGCCAUAACCACAACCACAACAGCUGCCCCAACAACAACCACCACAGCAGCACCAACAACAACCACAACAACCGCCCCCACGACAACAACUACAGCUGCCAUAACGACAACCACAACAACUGCCCCAACAACAACCACAACAACCGCCUCCACGACAACAACUACAGCUGCCCCAACGACAACCACAACAGCUGCCCCAACAACAACCACAACAACCGCCCCCACAACAACAACUACAGCUGCCCCAACAACAACCACAACAACCGCCCCAACAACAACCACCACAGCAGCACCAACAACAACCACAACAACCGCCCCCACGACAACAACUACAGCUGCCCCAACAACAACCACAACAACCGCCCCCACGACAACAACUACAGCUGCCCCAACCACAACCACAACCACAACUACAGCUGCCCCAACCACAACCACAACAGCUGCCCCAACAACAACCACCACAGCAGCACCAACAACAACCACAACAACCGCCGCCACCACAACAACUACAGCUGCCCCAACAACAACCACAACAGCUGCCCCAACAACAACCACCACAGCAGCACCAACAACAACCACAACAACCGCACCCACUACAACAACUACAGCUGCCCCAACCACAACAACUACAGCUGCCCCAACAACAACCACAACAACCGCCCCCACGACAACAACUACAGCUGCCCCCACAACAACUACAACCGCCCCAACAACAACCACAACAACCGCCCCCACAACAACAACUACAGCUGCCCCAACCACAACCACAACCACAACAACAGCUGCCCCAACCACAACCACAACAGCUGCCCCAACAACAACCACAACAACCGCCCCCACGACAACAACUACAGCUGCCCCAACGACAACCACAACAGCUGCCCCAACAACAACCACAAGAACCGCCCCCACAACAACAACUACAGCUGCCCCAACAACAACAACCACAACAGCUGCCCCAACAACAACCACCACAGCAGCACCAACAACAACCACAACAACUGCCCCCACGACAACAACUACAGCUGCCCCAACAACAACCACAACAACCGCCGCCACAACAACAACUACAGCUGCCCCAACAACAACCACAACAGCUGCCCCAACAACAACCACCACAGCAGCACCAACAACAACCACAACAACCGCACCCACAACAACAACUACAGCUGCCCCAACGACAACA